UUUUAGAAUUCAGGAGGUUAAGCAAACCUCAGUGCCAUGCCACAGCAGUGUGUGAGGAACACACUUAUUCCAUCUUUUAUUGCAAUUCUUGAAUCAGACUAAAGACCAGAACACCAAAAUAAAGGUUUUAUUGUUGUUGUCUCAAAUUAUGAAAGAAACAGAACAAAAAAGUAUAUCUUUGAAGCUCAGUAAAAUGACUCUAAUCCAGGCUAAUUUUUCUGGACUUUAUUCACUUAAUCUGUGAAAUAGGGGUAGGAAAGCAUCUGCUCUGGAGGGCUGCCAUUGGUGUGAGUUUAUGUGUUGUGAAAUGUCCACCACCAUGCCUGGCAUAUAUACAUCCUAGCUUGGUAGCUCUUGAAAACAGCCUUUGUCCCAUGGUGGAAACAGGAGGGUGACAGAAAAUGAGCCAUGUGUGAAUUCUGUUAAAUGGAUAAUGCUUUAAUAGCAAUUAAUCUGAUGCAUGGGUUUUUAUGUUCCAGUCAGUGGCUCUGCAAUACUCCACAUCUCUGACUCUGGGGCACUCCAGGAAACGGUGCAAUAGUGCAGGUGUCAGGUGCUUGCUACGUUCUUUGUUCUUAGUCCUAAAAUGCAGCCUUGUAUCACGAUCACAUCUGCAUUAACCCCUCUGGAUUUUGUCCCAGAGUGCACAGUAGUCAUGGGAGUGAGGGGUCGGGGGUCCAUCCAUUUCUUCUGGUUAAUUAAAAAUGGAAAAUCUCUACAGUCACUGUAAGGGAAAUAAGGUGGAAAGUUUUAAAUACCCUGGCAACACUUGAAGGGAAAGGGUGUCGUGGGGAUCUCCUGGGCAGAGUCCUUGGUCAGUACUACCACUGAAGUUUAAUGCCUGGGGAGAAGCGGGUAGUCCAGGUGAGGGGUGUGAAAUGAUUGCCCCUCUCAGCCUCCCUGAGCUCCCUAUUUUUUAAGUGAAAUUGACCAAUGUCUUCCUUUAAAUAGAAAAGUUCUCUUGUAUUCUCUUUCACCAUGGGAGCUUUACAGAUUAUAUACCCCAAUACAGCUACACUCUUUCUUAAAACCUCCUUAGAAAAUUACUGGGAACAGGGGAAAUACGCACUCGAGGAAACCAUCUUUUGUGGACAGCGCUCUACAUGGCACUUUAAGGGUUAAACUUCAUUGCAAAAGAAGGUUUGUCUUGUGGGAAUAUCCCCCAAUUUAGAAACUACUAUUGCUAAAAAGGUAAGCCACAAAUGCGUUCUUUUGCACAGCUUUCUACGAUAGGAAUAACUCCUUGUUUCCAGCGUGUGUAUGUGCGAGUUUGACUCAGCCUCUACCUAUCUAUCAUCUAUAUGGUGCUUAUAUCAGGGUGAAGACUGUCAAUCACCGUUAAUAAAAGACCCCAGAACACAGCAGGGAUCUCUUUUGACUAUAGAUCUAUUUUACGAUAGCUCUCAAUUUAUUAUGUCACACAAAUCAAAAAGGAAGCAUUUAUCUUAUCAUUCAGAGGCAUCCCUUCUCCCUCCCAAUGUCCUAGCCCCUCCCCCUGCGCCAGUUUCCAGCCCCUCAAAGAUGCUUUGUGCAAGAAAGUACAAGUUCUCCUUCUGGCUUAAUUUUUGUUUCUUUUUUCUCUCCUCCUGGCUCCCCCUCAAAACAAGAGAGCAAAGCAAAUGGCCCGGGUUCCCCCCCAACGCCUGACCUGCGUUUGCUGGGAGGAGAGCAGGAGAGGGAGCGCGCAUUCUGGAGCAGGCUGCUCUGACUCCGACCACAGGCUGUUUUGUGCAGGCUGUCCCUCUCCUUCGAAAUCAAGCAUCCCCUCCCCGAAGCAGCAGGCAGUGUGCCUCCAUUCGGCCACAUUUGGUAUGCAUGAGCACGGCUGCAGGGAGAGGGGAGGUGGCUUUCUUAAGAAGGUUCAGGGGCUCAGGAAACGCCACUUGACUAGACUCCCAAGUUCCAGGAAGCCUCUGCCCUAAUGGAAUUUGCAGGUGUGGAGAUGACCAUGGGAUGCCAGGGUCGUGGGGGGGCGUUUAUUUUCUAGGCAUUGCCCAGAUUUGCAGUCUCUUGUCUUCCUGGUGGAAUUUGGAAGGGGUCAUGAAUCAGACUGAUGCUUCUCGACCCCUAAAUUGGACCAUCCGGAAGCUAUGCCACGCAGCCUUUCUCCCAUCUGUCAGACUUCUCAAGGCUCAGAAAUCCUGGAUUGAAAGAGCAUUUUAUAAAAGAGAAUGUGUUCACAUCAUACCCAGCACCAAAGACCCCCAUAGGUGUUGCUGUGGGCGCCUAAUAGGCCAGCAUGUCGGACUCACUCCCAGUAUCUCUGUGCUUCAGAAUGAGAAAAAUGAGAGUCGCCUCUCCCGAAAUGACAUCCAGUCUGAGAAGUGGUCCAUCAGCAAACACACUCAGCUCAGCCCAACAGAUGCUUUUGGGACCAUUGAGUUCCAAGGAGGUGGCCAUUCCAACAAAGCCAUGUAUGUCCGAGUAUCUUUUGAUACGAAACCUGAUCUCUUGCUACACCUGAUGACCAAGGAAUGGCAGCUGGAGCUUCCCAAGCUUCUCAUCUCCGUGCACGGAGGGCUGCAGAACUUUGAACUCCAGCCCAAACUCAAGCAAGUCUUUGGGAAAGGGCUCAUCAAAGCAGCCAUGACAACUGGAGCAUGGAUCUUCACUGGAGGGGUCAACACAGGCGUCAUUCGUCAUGUUGGAGAUGCCUUGAAGGACCAUGCAUCUAAGUCUCGAGGGAAGAUAUGUACCAUAGGUAUCGCCCCCUGGGGAAUUGUGGAAAACCAGGAGGACCUGAUUGGAAGAGAUGUAGUCCGGCCAUACCAGACCAUGUCCAACCCCAUGAGCAAGCUCACCGUUCUCAACAGCAUGCAUUCCCACUUCAUCCUGGCUGACAAUGGGACCACGGGAAAAUAUGGAGCAGAGGUGAAACUUCGCAGACAACUGGAAAAGCACAUUUCGCUCCAGAAGAUAAACACAAGAUGCCUGCCGUUUUUCUCUCUUGACUCCCGCUUGUUUUACUCAUUUUGGGGUACUUGCCAAUUAGACCCAAUUGGAAUCGGCCAAGGGGUUCCUGUGGUGGCACUCAUAGUGGAAGGAGGACCCAACGUGAUCUCGAUUGUUUUGGAGUACCUCCGAGACACCCCUCCUGUACCAGUCGUGGUCUGUGACGGGAGUGGACGGGCAUCCGACAUCCUGGCAUUUGGGCAUAAAUAUUCAGAAGAAGGCGGACUUAUCAAUGAAUCUCUAAGGGACCAGCUAUUGGUGACAAUACAGAAGACCUUCACGUACACUCGCACCCAAGCUCAGCACCUGUUCAUCAUCCUCAUGGAAUGCAUGAAGAAGAAGGAACUGAUCACAGUAUUUCGAAUGGGAUCAGAAGGCCACCAGGACAUUGAUUUAGCUAUCCUGACAGCAUUACUCAAAGGAGCCAACGCAUCUGCCCCAGACCAACUGAGCUUAGCAUUAGCCUGGAACAGAGUUGACAUCGCUCGCAGCCAGAUCUUCAUUUACGGGCAACAGUGGCCGGUAGGGUCCCUGGAGCAAGCCAUGCUGGAUGCCCUAGUCCUGGACAGAGUGGAUUUUGUGAAAUUACUCAUAGAGAACGGAGUAAGCAUGCACCGUUUUCUCACCAUCUCCAGACUAGAGGAACUGUACAACACGAGACAUGGGCCCUCAAAUACAUUGUACCACUUGGUCAGGGAUGUCAAAAAGCGAGAGUAUCCAGGUUUCGGUUGGAUCUAUUUUAAGGGAAACCUGCCCCCGGACUACAGAAUCAGCCUCAUAGACAUUGGCCUGGUGAUUGAGUACCUGAUGGGCGGGGCUUACCGCUGCAACUACACGCGCAAGCGCUUCCGGACCCUCUACCACAAUCUGUUUGGCCCCAAACGGCCCAAAGCCUUGAAACUGCUGGGAAUGGAGGAUGACAUUCCCUUGAGGAGAGGAAGAAAGACAACCAAGAAGCGUGAAGAAGAGGUGGACAUUGACUUGGAUGACCCUGAGAUCAACCACUUCCCAUUCCCCUUCCAUGAGCUGAUGGUGUGGGCUGUCCUCAUGAAGAGGCAGAAGAUGGCCCUGUUCUUCUGGCAGCAUGGAGAGGAGGCCAUGGCCAAAGCCUUGGUGGCCUGCAAGCUCUGCAAAGCCAUGGCUCACGAGGCCUCGGAGAAUGACAUGGUUGACGACAUUUCCCAGGAGCUGAACCACAACUCCAGGGACUUUGGCCAGCUGGCUGUGGAACUCUUGGACCAAUCCUACAAGCAGGAUGAGCAGCUGGCCAUGAAACUGCUAACAUAUGAGUUGAAGAACUGGAGCAAUGCCACAUGCCUGCAGCUGGCUGUGGCUGCCAAGCACCGUGACUUCAUUGCACACACGUGCAGCCAGAUGUUGCUCACUGACAUGUGGAUGGGCCGGCUCCGCAUGCGCAAGAACUCAGGCCUCAAGGUAAUUCUGGGAAUUCUACUUCCUCCUUCAAUUCUCAGCUUGGAGUUCAAGAAUAAAGAUGACAUGCCUUAUAUGACUCAGGCCCAAGAAAUUCAUCUCCAAGAGAAGGAGCCGGAGGAGCCAGAGAAGACCACAAAGGAGAAAGACGAAGAGGACAUGGAACUCACAGCGAUGUUGGGGCGAAACAAUGGGGAGUCAUCCAGAAAAAAAGAUGAAGAAGAAGUCCAAAGCAGGCACCGCCUCAUCCCCGUGGGCCGCAAGAUCUAUGAGUUCUACAAUGCACCCAUUGUGAAGUUCUGGUUCUACACUCUGGCAUAUAUCGGAUACCUGAUGCUCUUCAAUUACAUUGUGUUAGUGAAGAUGGAGCGCUGGCCUUCCACUCAGGAAUGGAUCGUCAUCUCCUACAUUUUCACUCUGGGAAUAGAGAAGAUGAGAGAGAUCCUGAUGUCAGAGCCCGGCAAGCUGCUGCAGAAAGUCAAAGUGUGGCUGCAGGAGUACUGGAACGUCACAGACCUCAUCGCCAUCCUCCUCUUCUCGGUGGGGAUGAUCCUUCGACUUCAAGACCAGCCCUUCAGGAGUGAUGGGAGGGUCAUCUACUGUGUGAACAUCAUUUAUUGGUACAUCCGUUUACUAGACAUCUUCGGCGUGAACAAGUAUCUGGGCCCAUAUGUAAUGAUGAUUGGGAAAAUGAUGAUAGACAUGAUGUACUUUGUCAUCAUUAUGCUGGUGGUGCUGAUGAGUUUUGGGGUCGCCAGGCAAGCCAUCCUCUUUCCCAAUGAGGAGCCAUCUUGGAAACUGGCCAAGAAUAUCUUCUACAUGCCAUAUUGGAUGAUUUAUGGGGAAGUGUUUGCAGACCAGAUAGACCGUAAGCAAGUUUAUGAUUCUCAUACACCAAAGUCAGCUCCCUGUGGCCAGAAUGAGACCCGAGAGGAUGGCAAGACAAUCCAGCUACCCCCAUGCAAGACAGGAGCAUGGAUUGUGCCAGCCAUCAUGGCCUGCUACCUCUUGGUGGCAAACAUCCUUCUGGUCAACCUCCUUAUUGCUGUCUUCAACAAUACAUUUUUUGAGGUAAAGUCGAUAUCCAACCAAGUAUGGAAAUUUCAGAGGUACCAACUCAUCAUGACUUUCCACGAGAGGCCAGUUCUUCCCCCACCGCUCAUCAUCUUCAGCCACAUGACCAUGAUAUUCCAACAUGUGUGUUGCCGAUGGAGGAAACACGAGAGUGACCCGGAUGAAAGAGACUAUGGCCUGAAACUCUUCAUAACUGAUGAUGAGCUCAAGAAAGUUCACGAUUUUGAAGAGCAGUGCAUAGAGGAAUAUUUCAGAGAGAAGGAUGAUCGCUUCAACUCAUCCAAUGACGAGAGAAUACGGGUGACGUCAGAAAGGGUAGAGAACAUGUCCAUGAGGCUAGAGGAAGUUAAUGAGAGAGAACACUCCAUGAAGGCUUCACUCCAGACUGUGGACAUCCGGCUGGCACAGCUGGAAGACCUCAUCGGGCGCAUGGCCACAGCCCUGGAGCGCCUGACAGGUCUGGAGCGGGCAGAGUCCAACAAGAUCCGCUCAAGGACCUCCUCGGACUGCACAGAUGCAGCCUACAUCGUCCGCCAGAGCAGCUUCAACAGCCAGGAAGGGAACACCUUCAAACUUCAAGAGAGUAUAGACCCUGCAGGUGAGGAGACCAUGUCCCCAACUUCUCCAACCUUAAUGCCCCGUAUGCGAAGCCAUUCAUUCUAUUCAGUCAAUGUGAAAGACAAAGGUGGUAUAGAAAAGCUGGAAAGCAUUUUCAAAGAAAGGUCCCUGAGCUUACACCGAGCUACUAGCUCCCACUCCGUAGCAAAAGAACCCAAAGCUCCUGCGGCCCCUGCAAACACCUUGGCCAUUGUUCCUGACUCCAGAAGACCAUCGUCAUGCAUAGACAUCUAUGUCUCUGCCAUGGAUGAGCUCCACUGUGAUAUAGACCCUCUGGAUAAUUCCAUGAACAUCCUUGGGCUGGGUGAGCCAAGCUUUUCAGCUCUAGCACCUUCCGCAGCCCCUUCAAGUAGUGCCUAUGCAACCCUUGCACCUACAGACCGACCUCCAAGCAGGAGCAUUGAUUUUGAAGACCUCACCUCUAUGGACACUAGAUCUUUUUCUUCAGACUAUACCCACCUCCCAGAAUGCCAAAACCCCUGGGACACAGACCCUCCAAUGUACCAUACCAUUGAGCGGUCCAAGAGUAGCCGCUACCUAGCAGCCACACCCUUUCUUCUGGAAGAGGCCCCCAUUGUAAAAUCCCAUAGCUUUAUGUUUUCUCCUUCAAGGAGUUACUAUGCCAACUUUGGGGUGCCCGUGAAAACAGCAGAAUACACAAGUAUUACGGACUGUAUCGACACAAGAUGUGUCAAUGCCCCUCAAGCAAUUGCCGACAGAGCCACCUUCCCUGGAGGUCUCGGAGACAAAGUAGAGGACUUAUCUUGCUGCCACCCUGAGCGAGAAGCAGAGCUGAGCCAUCCCAGCUCUGACAGUGAGGAGAAUGAGGCCAGAGGCCGGAGAGCUGCCAAUCCGAUCUCCUCUCAGGAGGCUGAAAAUGCAGACAGAGUCCUAUCCAACAACAUCACAGUUCCCAAGAUAGAGCGCGCCAACAGCUACUCGGCGGAGGAGCCAAGCGUGCCAUAUGCACAGACCAAGAAGAGCUUCUCCAUCAGUGACAAGCUUGAUAGACAGAGGAACACCUCAAGCCUACGAAAUCCCUUCCAGAGAAGUAAGUCCUCCAAGCCAGAGGGCCGAGGGGAUAGCCUAUCCAUGAGGAGACUGUCUAGAACAUCAGCUUUUCACAGCUUUGAAAGCAAGCACAACUAAACCUUCUAACCAUGUGUUGCAGGAGGCUCGAGAAUCCAGCACUAAAACUCUCCCCAUGUCCACCUUGUUCCCCCUUCCUUGAAUUAUAUCUGCUUCACUCUUAGCUGAGCAAAACAAUGCCUUGGGAGAUGUUAACUCAAAGGUAAACCUCUGGGCCACAGGUCACGCAAGCAUUCCAUCUGGCCCAGGGCCAAACACGGGGUGUUAAGGCAUGUUCACACUUGUUGGGAAGGGAGGGGGGAAGAGAACAGCAAGGGGUUAGAGAUGAAUGUGUGUAACCAGGCACCACAGAAAGCCAUGAGCUCUGAUGGGCUCAAGCGUUCUCCAUGCCAACAGGCAUCAUGGGACUUCUGCCCUGUUAUCGAGAGUUGAGGCGACGGGGCUAAAUUGCAAAAUGAGAUAAAAGAGCCAGCAUACAAGAUGAGAUAUUCUAAACUUCAAUUCUGUUUUCUUUUCACAUUGGUUCCAUCACUGGUGACUGAUGAAGAACAUCCUUUUUAUUCAGUAUAAGCCGGCAGCAAGCAGUUCUACCUAACGUCCCACAUCCUUCUCAUGCCAACACUUCUGUAAUUGGUCAUUAUAAAGAAAAACAAGGUAACAGUCAUAUAUACAGUUCACCUGUCUCUUAUAUAUUCACUUCUGGUGCCACAACUGUUUAUCUCUUUAGAAGAAAAUAAGGGAACAGAAAUGCCUUUUUUUUUCUUUUUGUCUUGCAAUCGAAAUGAAAGAAGAAUUGAUGCUAACAGCAAAAGUCAUGAUUUAUAAUAUACCAUGGCAAUCAAGUAUAUAGUCAAGCAAGCUCAGGAUGAAUGUAAUUAGAUAAUUUUAUAUUUUUAAGUUAUUUUGUAUCUCACCUGUCAUCAAUGAAUUCACUCAUCAAAUAUGUAAUAUUGAACUUUAAGGAAAAACAGUGGGAAGAACUAACAUUAAGUUGCCACGUGGGAUAUUGUUAUAGUCUCACCAUUCAUAGUGUGUGAUGCUGCUGUGUGGCCUUCAUCAUUUGCAUGUUUCCACUAUGUCCUCCGAACACCUCCAAGAUGUAACUGCCAAACUUCCACACCACUCAUCACGUGACCAUUUUGUAUUUGAACACAUGGUUCUAUGUGGAUAUUUUCAUACCUAGAAUUUAGUCAUCUAAAUCUGGGCUCAGCAUAAAUUUAAUCGGAUUUUUUCAAGGGCUGGUAUCUUUUUUAUGGAAAUGUUCCAAAGUACUUUGUUUUGUUUUGUUUUUGAGACAGGGUUUCUCUGUAUAACAGCUCAAUUUGUAGACCAGGCUGGCCUUGA